AUGAGUUUUGGCAUUGAUGACGAGCUCUGGCUGAGCGACCAGACUGAAGAGGAAGAAUGCGGGCUUACAGAACCACAUUCAUUCUCCUUGGAGUUGACGUACCAAGGACCUGCUGGUGACUUUCGGACUCGCAACAAACCAGGCCAGCUACAGAGACCCAUGGUGUCCAAUUUUGAGAUGGGGCGACGACGCAAAUCUGCCUAUCAGGUCAGCUGUCAGGCAAAGGCUAUGAUCCAUGGCCGGUGGGGAGGGGGAGGCCAAGACUCGUGCGACUGGGCCACUCUGUUGGUGUAUGAGUUCCAGUUCCAUUCCUACCGUGGGUGCCGACUCAAGGCAGCCGACAUUCGCUUCCGAUUCGAGCCGAUACCAGGUCAAUCAAAUGAGUUGUCUGUUGCUGGGAUUCAGCCUGAUCGUGUGUUCAAAGUUGCACGCACCGAGCAAUCCGAGCAAUCCACAACCGGCUUUGAGCUUACGCUUGGGUUCCAGCCACUGGCGGGAGCUGUGAACACUUCAAUCGCCGUAUCCAAUUCGGACAAUGUGGAGAAGGUCACAGUUCAUCACACGGUUGUCACUGGUGACCGACCUGCAGAUAUCUACGGCGGUCAGCAUGAGGCACAUUUUUCGCUGUCAGAGAACGUAUCACAGCAGGACGGGAUUCCUACGCGACUGAGAGCCUGUAUUCUUUUGAAGCGGGGAACGGAGGAUGACUUUGCUUGUGUUCCCUACAUCCAUGUCACUCCAGACUUCAAGACUUGGGUUGGACAGGUGUUCUCGUCUCGGGACAGGGAUGAUCCUAUCCGAUUCCGUCCCUCUGAGCCGGCGUUCAAUCAGCUGGAAAAGGGGAUUGUAGUCGACGCGGAAAAUCUGGGAGCCACCAAUCUAGAUCGGCUGUGGGGUUGUACCAUGUACACAACAUGCAACGAUGUUGUGGAUGUCUCUCCGAGCUCUCCGGCUAUGGAUAACUUUGAUCUCGACGCUACACCUGACGAUGCCACGUACAGUGAGGCAGAGUGCGAGUGGGAGGGAUUGUCAUGGGAGGAACGAAUGAAAGACUUCACGGGGCAGUUAAGGAAUGGGGAGACGUGGGAAUCAAUUGAGUCAAAGGUGAGCAAGUUUUGCGACUAUUGUAACAGAGAUGUUCCAACCAUACUCCAUCACCUGUCCAAGGACAAGUUUGCACAUGAAUUCUAUGACCUUCCUGAGUCUACGCGCGACUGCAUCCUUGAUUCCCUCCUCCGAGUUCAUCUGCAAGAGCCCAGCACAAGUGCAGACCACGUUCAGACCAAUACAAUAGGGAAGGACAAGCACCCUUAUCCCAUUCUCACAAUUGCCCUCGAACAUAACAAUACUGGGUUCCUCAACACUAUCGCGACCCGUUUUCAACACCAUUUGCCACUCCUUCUCACGAUCUCCCAUAGAGGUGAUGGUCGCAACCCACUACACGAGGCAUUUUCAAUUCUUCUUCGGUGGCAGAAGAAUGUGGCUCGGUUUAAGGCCUCCAGCUACAGGCAGACAAAGAAAUCAGAGUUGCGAAUGCUCACGCUGAUCAUCCAAAAGUGGGUCGAACUGGCUCCAACUUCAGCAAUGGUGGCCAAAGACGACCUUGGGAAUAUGCCUUUGCAUUAUGCAAUGCAUUAUAACCUUUGCUACUACUUCAACUCCGCAGUUUACCGACCCGUUGUCGUCGCUCUAAUUGACAGGAGCCUCUCUCGCCGGAUGCAGGCUGGAGAUCAACUGAACAGGGAUGGGAAAUCUCCCUAUCUGAUUUAUCUCGAUGGUGAAGCCAGCUUUGCUGAGAAGGAACAUAUUGUAUCGUCUUCGACGCCUGAUACAGUGAAACCAGCUUCUGGGCAGAAGCCAGAUCGGCCUGAACUCGGACUCGGAGGAAAGAAAGCGGAGAGCAGAAUAAAGAUGGGUGAAGAAGCCAAGAGCAGAAAGACGCAGCCCCUGAUGCCAUCGCGUUCAGAACUUCCCAUAAUCGAGAAGGGCACAGCGCCGCCUCAUUUGGCACAUUCUCGCACCCAAAAUAAUCCCCAGCGUUCUCAGGAUAACGGCAAGGCUAUAGGACCGGCGUCUGACCCACAGUUCCCAUCGGCGAUGCCGCGCUCAAGUGCAGCCAAAGAGCCGACACCCAAUCAAAUUCAGCAAGAUGAAGCUGACGACAGAAUCAGAAUGCAGGCUGCAGAUUCAAUUCGGCAGUACCUCAGGAUGUGGUACAUACGAAACAUGUCCGACGUGGAUGCCAAGACUUUGCUGUAUGGCAAUAUCGCCUCAGACAAGAAUUUGUACUUCGAUGCCACACACCUGAGAGGACGGGGGGCAGCGCAGAUUGUCCAAUUGAUUCGUAAACUAACCCACGCUGGGGGGUUCGAAGACACUCUGUCCUACGUGAGAAUUCCCCAACUGUCAGAGCCAGACGGGCUCCCAGAGUCUGUUAUCAGAGCCAAUUUAGCCAACGAGAGCAGAGGGGCCCUGGUCCGACGCGACCCCUUAAUAUCCGUCUUCGAUGAGCUGGCUGUUGCAGGUGUACGGCGAAUUCUGCGGCUCCAGGUUGAAGAUAACAGCGAUGUUCUGGCCCAUUCCGACACAGCUAUUGAAAGGGCUAUCAAGGGCCCAGACUCCCGUGACGAGUCUGCUUCCACCAACCUUGGAUUGAUCUACAAUGUGGAACCCGAAAUAAAGACUGUUCACCUGCACUGGAGUGGGGGUCAGACUGUUCUUCGUGGGUGGGUGGACGCAAUCCUGGAGCUUUACCCAGAAUUCAAAGAACUAACCUUGAUCCAUCUCCAUGCAUAUCAGGUGAAACAAGAAUCCCACCAGAGAAGGGUCAUAGACACCCGAGCCGAUAAAGAGCCCCUCCAUACCCAUAAUCCCAGCGAUUCCGCAAGCGAGAAUCGGUGCUCUUGGGUAGAACGGAUGGAACAAUUCCGCGAUGCGAUGCUCAAGGUGCAUGAAGUUAUCCUCGAAAAUAAUUUGGAGCCACCACGAGUCACGGUUGCCCUUAUCGACGAUGGUGUAGAUUACGCCGACUUCGACGUGUAUCCACAGACAUCAGUGCGAGGGUUUAGCUGCUACCCCCGCAUUGGGGAAACCGAGCACCCAUGGCACCAUUCCAGCAACGGGCAUGGGACAGCAAUGGCCAACAUGAUCCUCCGAAUUAACCCUUGGAUAAAUCUUCUAGUCAUUCGAAUUCAAGACGGCAUCUCCUCCGCGAAUUCAGGCUCGCCCUCGCGGACAAUCCAACCCGAAAGCGCUGCCCGCGCCGUUGAGGCUGCCACCAAGAACAAUGUCGAUGUAAUUUCCAUGUCGUGGACCAUACGCAAGCAAAAAUCACAAAUUCACAGCUCGCCCGUUAGUCCCGGAUCAUUGGGGAAGAAGUCAAUCGAUGAGGCCGGAAUCGAGCAACUGGAAAGGGCCAUAACGGAGGCGGCGGACAAGAAUAUUCUCAUGGUGUGUUCUGCGGCGGACGAUAUAGAACUCCUCGGAAAGGACAAUCUGCCCUUCUGUGCUGCGAAGCAUAAUAUCUUUCGCAUCGGUUCUUGUGAUUCGCAAGCGCAGCGAGACCCCAUGACUGAAAACAAAGCAACCAUUUCCUAUUUUCUCCCAGGUAUCCAGGUCCCAGAAGCACAACGACCACACUCUGUGAAACCAAUUUUAUAUCAUGAUGGGUCCUCGAUUGCCACUGCCCUGGCUGCAGGUUUAAUAUCUAUGAUUCUUUACUGUGCUCGCUGCAUGGCUCAGUGUCGAGAAGCUCAAGAUCCCUCACAGAAUGGGCCCAGCGAGACCACCCCAUUUGAAGAUUUGGCAGAAAAGCUUCGAUUGCAUCAUAAUAUGCAGAUCGCUUUAAGGAAUAUUGCCAGAUCACACGGGUCUGACGAUCCAGAAGACCCGAAACAACUUCCUGUGUACGGCCUUUUUGCGGAGACAGCCAACAAGUUAGAGACAGCCAUCGGGUGGCAAAAGGUCGAGAGGUUAGGGGAGUUCGUGAGGUAUCUUUGUCAUGACGUUUAG